ACACAGACUUGACACAGACCGGGUAAGAUGCUGUGUGAUGUCUUUUGAUAUGGAGACUGUUGAUGGAUUGGCUGCACAGCUCAUGAUUUAAAGCUCAUCUGUUGACAAAUAGCAUCAGCAAUGUCUGUCAACUGCCUCCUGCGUUGCACCAUCAGACUGGAGCGGACACAUGUGGCCACACAUUUAGUGCAGCAGAGAACUCUGUCAGGAGCAGACGCUGUCAAUGCACUCAGACCGUUUUACUUUGCAGUCCAUCCUGACUUUUUUGGUCAAUAUCCCAGGGAACGGGAGGUGAAUGAAAAUUCAUUAAAGAGACUAAACGGCUAUUUGGAAAACCUACAAAAGCGGGGGUCAGGCUCAGUUCAACCAACAAAGCUCACCUUUUAUGUGAGGGAAACAAAGGACAGCAAUGAUGUGCCUCCAGACCUCCUCACCUCAGGGUUUCGUUCAGUGAGUUUCAUUCUGCACACUAACGAUGUUCUGAGCACGGUGAUGAACGUGUUGAAGUCCUGCAGCCUACCCGUGGAGCACAUGAAGGGACUUAAAACAAGCACAGAGGCAUCCAAACAAUCAGCUGAGGCAGGCGUUCCAUUCUACAGACCCAUCAAAUGGAACAAGAGUUACUACACCUUCACCGGUUUCAGAGACCCUGAACAGGAGCUGCAGCAGAGCAAGACAGUAGAGCCUACACUCAACUUGUGGCUGAGAAACAACGAGCCUGAGGCAGGGAAGAAGCACACUGCUAGUCUCCCUCGCAGAGAAGAGCUACACAGACUGAAGAAAGAACUAAGCCUCACAUUUGACCUGGCUGAUAUCAGGUGGCAGCGCAGCUGGGGAGUGGCUCACAGGUGCUGUCAGCUUCAGAGUCUGAGCCGACUGUCUCAGCAGAACCCCGAGGCCCUGAUCAACCUGCAAGGACACACUGUUGUGUUUGCAGACCAGUCAGGGAUGAAUUCCUCUGGACACGUCAUGCUGGGGACUAUGGAUGUUCAUCAUCAGUGGACCAAACUGUUUGACCAGCUUCCCAGCUAUCGCAGUCUGCAGCAGCAGACAGAGUGGCUAAAGGAGAGGAUCAGCCUCCUCCUUGGUGGGACUCAGGUAGUCCACACAGAGAGGCUGGGAUCAGUCCAGCCCAUCGCUGAACAUUACAGUACCCUCAACACCUUCCACAAGAAUCUGCUGUCUCGACGGCUUUUUCUGCACCCCAGGAGCCUGCAGGGCCUUACAAUGAUGUUGGAGAAUGACCGCUCAUCCCCCAGUCUUCAUGAGAUGGGUCACUUCAUUAUCCCCACCAACUGUGACCCUCCCAAGCUGCAGGCCUUCCUCCAGGGCCACGCCAACAAAGCCAGAGAAUGCACCCAUCUCAAAAACCAGCUGGAGGCGGAGGAGGAGGCUGUGAUCAAGCUGUGUCUCCACAGUCUGUCUUUGAGGAGUCUGUCCAAGGAGCCCAGUGUCAGCUCCAGCCAAAUGAUCCUGUGCUGUAAAAGGCUGGUUGAGCAGCGCUUGCCACUCAUGCAGGGCCUCCACAUCUGUAUUUCUCACUUCUACUCAGUCAUGCAGGAUGGGGACCUGUGUGUCCCCUGGGACUGGAAGAGCUGAGCCCAAGAGUUUGAAUUAUGAAUUUUUAGCACUUUAAUGUUGAGGCAGAAUUUAGACAUGUUUAACAGGUUCAUUUGUUAUAUAUCAUGAAAGAUGCCAAAGAAGAUUAAAAUGGAUGCACAGCAGAGAACAGUGGUUCCCAAACUGGGGGUCAGAAUAAUCAUCCAUAAGAAAGAGAACACAAAGAAAAAACAUUUCUGCUGUAAGAAAAUCGUGUUGGUUUUUUUUCUCUGAUUUUUCCUCAACCAUUUGCUUUAUCUUGUGAAAUACAGGAGACUUUGACUUCCUCAGGAAUCAGACGUGAAAAUCUGAGAACCAAAUAGUGUUUGUUUGAACUGCACACAUGGAACCUUUGGUGAGGGAUGUGAAAAUACAUUGCUGGGCUGUGAAGGGCCCAAUAACCAAAAAAAAGGGGGCUUGGAACCAGUGGCAGAGGUGCAAUAUGACUGAAGCUUUAUGAUUUGACAUAUGCAUGGUUUGAGGAAGUCAGUAUUAGUUGCUGUGGGGAGUGCACUGAGAAAUAAUCUAAUGAUGCUUCUGUUAUUAGCACAAUCUGUGAGCUCAUUGUAAACUAAAACAAGUUCAAUUCAAUACACAGGGUUAGAAGCUGAUUGACAGACUAAUACUAGACAGCAGUGCAGUGAGUAUGCUUCCAAUGAACUGGUUAGUUCAGCCACAUCUAAAGAUAUAAUAAAGAUAUGUUAUGAAUGGCCACCGUAGAAGGCAGGGUUAAAAACCCUCACAGCACAGGUUCAAUCUCACCUCAAAUAUUUUAAAAGUGAUAGAAGUAGUUGUGUGAAGACUAAAGAAAGAGGGCUUGAGAGACAAGUUCAAACCUGGCCUACUUUCUUUCCUCCACACACCUGAUCAGUCAUAGCAGAGAGUGGCUGUGGUUUUCUGUUUCACACUUUACAAAAACAUUUCUGAUCAGAGCAGUGUGACGAUCCAACAGGUACUUUAUUUGAGGCAUACUGGUGCCCUUAAGUUCUCUCUCUUGCUACUGUAGUAGUUUAAAAUCAUCAGGAAGUCAAACUAGUAUGUAUUUAUAUAUUAAUAUAACUAGCUGAAUAGCUGGUCUGAAACGAACUGAGGCAAGACGCAUGACUUCACCAGACAAUUAGGAACAGUAAGACUUUCCUAACCAGGACUGUGUGAUCCAGCACGUGGACUUUAUCUGUUGGUUGCUUCACUGGAGGGAGCUGUUUCAUACACAACUGUAUUUAACAUGUCUGAUAUUGUAGUAAAGACACAUCCUCUUACUGUGACACACACGUCUGAAACACUGGUACUGUUACACUGUGGAGGUGGAGUACUCUAGAUUUGAACUAUUUUUGUAAAUGUUCUUAUCUAAUAA